GAGUAAUAUGAUUAUCUAACAAAAAAGUAAUCAUAUUCAUUAAGUAAUUAAGUGGUAAUGAUGAGCACAAAAUGCAAAACUCCAUUCAGCGUUGCGCACACAAAUCUUCAAAGGCAUCGUUUUACUUGAUCACUUUCAAGGAUUUGCAAACAUACGGGCAUUUGUAUGUAUGUCAAUUGCUUCUUGGAAGUAUUUAUUUACUCAUCUUCCUUCGUGGAUAACGUCAUGAAAAAUUCCUAAAAUAUUGAAAAUCUCAAUUUGCAGCAUCAACCGGUUGAAAUUAGAGAUCUAUCACAACAACAAAUCACACGAAAUAAAAAUAAAUAAAUAUUACCACUUCGAACUCUUCCCUUUUCUCAUACACACCUUCGUUUUUGCUUUAACUGCUCUGCCAAGUGACUACAAGUACACACUACCAGCGGCAUGCCAUACCUGUAGAUAUGCUUACCUAUACACACCACAUACAGACAUACAUAUGUACAUAUCGGCUUAAAAUCUGCUUAAAAGAAAUACAAGAAAUAAGACUUAGGAAUGAAACUGAAGAAAGAAAUAAAAUAACUGCCAGCAUAAGAAACAAAUACCGAUGACCGCAUGCUGUUGAAGCAUUGAAAGGUGGUCAGGGAGUGGUGCUGGACUGUUGGUGUUGUGAAGAAAUAGAAAAACACUGUUUUAGUUCAAUAAUAAUUCAAGCAGCCAGCUAGCGGCUAAUGGCCGUCACACAAAUUAAGAAAGCAAAACUUGUCGCAUGAAUAAUUUAUGAAAUUUAUGAACACUUUUUGAAUUUGUAUGAGAAGCCAAGUGUGCAUGGGAUAUGCUUUGGGGAAUGCAAAAGACGGUAGAAAAAAAUAAAUUAAUAAAAGUUGUUCUUUCUAACCUUUUACCGAAAAAUACGAACUGGCUUGUUUGAAUCAACUACUUUUUUGUUUUUGUGUAAAGUGUUUACAUGCUGUUGUUGUUGGCGUUUUAGUUUUAGUUCUACGAACUUUGAAAAUUUUGAAAUUUCUCUUGCGCUGAAAAAUUAUAAAUUUGCAGCAAUUAAUUUUUCUCCCAAUUUUGCAACAGCUGCUAUGGCCAGACGGUUUUAAGCCAUUUAGUGUAGCGCGUUAAAGAAAAGUGCUCAUAAAUCAAAUGAACAAAGUAACAAAUCGAAAUUUUAAAUAAAAACUCAAAAUACAGACAAAAGUUAUCGUCAUAUUGAAAAAAUUAAAACGAAAAAACUGUGCAAAAAUUUCUAAUAAAUUUCGAGCACUUACGUGAAUAGCAUUUUUUGCUUGGGAACUUUGAAGCUGAUGCGCGAACAGGAAACCAUUUAUUGAUAGUACACAAGGAACGGAUAUUGGUGCUUCAUCUUUAAAGUAAUCACCUUUAAAAGUGUUUAAUAAAGGAAAAUCAUUUAAAAUUAACUAAACUGGCUGCAAGUGGCGUAUACAAAACGGUGUGAAGUGGUUCAAACGUCGCAAAAUGAGCAGCUCUACGGCGGCCAGUUUAAAAUGGCUGUCCGCUAUUUAUUUUCUGGUUUUAUUAGCCAUAACCUCGACAACGACAAAAACGUAUGCAACAAUUGAAGAGGGAUUUUCUUGUCCAAAUGGUUGGGAAUUGCGUGGCCUUAACUGUUAUAAAUACUUCAACAUUAAACAUUCAUGGGAAAAGAGUGCUGAACUGUGUCGAAGAUAUGGCGCCGAUCUUGUGGCAAUCGACACGUAUGCGGAGAAUAACAGUACACUGGCGAUUGCGCGUAGCAAUGAUCCGAACCGCCGUGCUUCCGACAAAUACUGGCUGGGUCUGGCCUCGCUUGAUGAUCUGCGCACCAAUACACUGGAGUCUGCCUCGGGCGCACUCAUCUCUCAAUACUCUGGUUUCUGGUCGCUCAAACAACCCGAUCCCAUGUCCGGUGAGUGUGUAGCCGCUACAUUUGCUUCGCGCAUGCAAUCCUGGGGUCUUGACACUUGCGAAAGUCUACUUCCCUUCAUGUGUCGCGCACCCGCUUGUCCGCAAAACUCCAUACAUUGUUCGAAUGGCUUGUGCGUCAAUCAGGCAUUCAAGUGUGACGGCUCGGAUGAUUGUGGUGAUGGCUCCGAUGAGUUGGACUGCCCGGCGCAGUGUCAUUACCAUAUGCAAUCGGGCGGCGAUGUGAUUGAGACACCCAAUUAUCCGCAUAAAUAUGCCGCGAUGAGCAAGUGUAAGUGGACGCUGGAGGGUCCAUUGGGCAGCAAUAUUAUAUUGCAGUUCCAGGAUUUUGAAACGGAAAAGACAUUCGAUACCGUACAAGUGUUGGUAGGUGGACGCACUGAAGACAAGUCGGUAUCGCUUGCAACGCUGAGCGGCAAGCUGGAUUUGACUAUGCAACCAUUUGUGUCUGCGUCCAACUUCAUGAUCGUGAAGUUUACUACUGAUGGUAGCGUGGAGCGCAAAGGUUUUCGCGCCACCUGGAAGACAGAGGCGAAAAAUUGUGGCGGCGUGUUGAAGGCGAACCUGCAGCGUCAAACUUUGACCAGUCCCAAUUAUCCCAAACAAUACCCUGGCGGUUUGGAGUGCUUGUACAUAAUCAAAGCUCAACCGGGACGCAUAAUUUCCAUUGAAGUGGAUGAUUUGGAUGUGGCUGAAGGGCGCGAUGUGCUGCUGAUACGUGAUGGUGAAUCGCCAAUGAGCCGCCCCAUUGCGCGUCUGACGGGCAGCGCUGAGGACAACGAGAAAGUUAUUAUCUCCACCGGCAAUGCGUUGUAUUUGUACUUCAAGUCGAGUCUUGGUGAGUCUGGCAAGGGCUUCAGUUUGCGCUACAUACAAGGCUGCAAAGCCACGAUUACAGAGCGUAAUGGCACGGUCACCUCGCCGGCUUAUGGGCUGGAGCCUUAUCCGAAAAAUCAGGAAUGCUACUUUACCAUACGCAAUCCGAGCGGCUCACCACUAUCGCUGAAAUUCGAUAAAUUCAUGGUGCACAAGAGCGAUUUCGUGCAAGUAUAUGAUGGCUCGUCUACAGCGGGUCUGCGUUUGCACUCGGGCGAUGGUUUCACUGGCACAGUGGCGCCAAAACUCACCUUGACGGCUUCUUCAGGAGAGAUGCUGAUAAAAUUCACUUCGGAUGCGCUGCAUAACGCGGCGGGCUGGUCCGCAACUUUCUCCGCUGACUGUCCUGAGUUGAAACCCGGCAUUGGCGCUUUGGCUUCGAGUCGCGACACCGCCUUUGGCACUGUGGUGACAUUCACUUGCCCAAUUGGACAAGAGUUCGCUACUGGCAAGAAUAAAAUCGUUACCGAGUGUAUGAAGGGUGGCAACUGGAGUGUCUCUUACAUACCGAAAUGCCAAGAGGUUUACUGUGGUCCAGUCCCACAAAUCGACAACGGAUUUUCGAUUGGCUCCUCAAAUGUCACAUAUCGUGGCAUAGCCAUGUACCAGUGUUAUGCGGGCUUCGCUUUCGCCUCUGGCGCACCCAUCGAAAAGAUUUCCUGCUUACCCGACGGCCGUUGGGAGCGCACACCCACCUGCAUGGCAUCACAGUGCUCUCCACUGCCUGAAGUGCCGCACGCCAAUGUGACACUACUCAACGGCGGUGGACGCAGCUAUGGCACCAUCGUUCAAUACGAAUGCGAAUCUGGCUACGAACGCACAGGUCACCCAGUGCUGAUUUGCAUGUCUAACGGCACUUGGAGCGAUGAUGUGCCACGUUGUACGCGCAAGCGUUGCUAUGAAUAUCCGAAAAUCGAUAAUGGUUUUGUGGUAGAUGCGGCACGUCCUUACUACUUUGGCGACGAUGCGCGCGUGCAAUGCUACAAAGGUUACAAACUGAUCGGCAGUAAUAUUAUACGCUGUAAUUCUGAGCAAAUCUUCGAGAAUCCACCAACGUGCGAGGAUAUCAACGAGUGCACAUCGACACAAUGUGACUUGGCGACGACGGAGUGCAUGAACACGAACGGCUCCUUUCAUUGUCAAUGUCGUACUGGUUUUGCCCCAACGCCUGAGUGUCGUCCAGUAGGUGACUUAGGCUUAGCUAAUGGUGGCAUACCGGAUGACAGCAUAAUGACUUCGUCCAGUGAAGAGGGUUAUACGAAGAGUUUUGUGCGUCUUAACUCUGCUGGUUGGUGCGGAGCUCUAGUCGAACCGGGCGCAAACUGGAUUUUGAUCGAUCUCAAAGCGCCUACUAUUUUACGUGGCUUCCGCACAAUGUCUGUGCAACGUUUCGACAGCAAUGUGGCAUUUACCUCGGCUGUGCGGCUGCAAUACACCGACGAUCUGACUGAUGUAUUUAAGGACUACACAAAUCCCGAUGGCACGGCUGUGGAGUUCCGCAUACUGGAACCUACUCUGUCGAUUCUGAAUCUACCGAUGCCGAUUGAAGCGCGUUACAUUCGCUUCCGCAUACAGGAUUACGUGGGCGCGCCAUGCAUACGCAUGGAAUUGAUGGGUUGUACGCGUUUGGAUUGUGUGGAUAUUAACGAAUGUGCGAAGAACAAUGGCGGCUGCGAUCAGAAAUGUGUGAAUUCGCCUGGCGGUUAUGCUUGCUCUUGCAACACAGGCUACCAACUUUUCACUGGCAAUGGCACAGCCGGCUUCAGCAUUGAACGUUCGGAGACUGGCGAACGCGAUGGCGACUCUUAUCAGCGCAACAAGACUUGCGUGCCACUUAUGUGCCCACCAUUGCUGGAACCAGAGAACGGUAAACUGUUAACCGACAAGAACGAUCAUCACUUCGGCGAUAUUGUAAGAUUCCAGUGCAGCUUCGGCUAUAUUAUGUCGGGUAGUGCGGCGGUGCUGUGUCUCUCGAAUGGCCAAUGGAAUGCAACGGUGCCAGAGUGCAACUAUGCCAAAUGUGUCUCUCUGCCCGAUGACAAACUAGAGGGUCUUUCUGUUGAACGCCCUGAUCCCGAAUCCGUGUUGGUGCCGUUCCGUGACAAUGUCACCAUCACUUGCAGUUCACCUGGCCGCAAAUUACGCAACACUGCCACGUCAGGUUUUCGUCAGUGCGUGUACGAUCCCAAGCCCGGUUUACCCGACUACUGGCUUUCUGGCUCGCAGCCCUCUUGUCCGCGCGUUGACUGUUAUCAGCCAAUGUCAACGCCUGGCGCUGAGUAUGGUCAGUUCGUAGAUACACGUUUCCAGAGCUCAUUCUUCUUCGGCUGCCAGCAUACUUUUAAAUUAGCUGGCCAAACAUCACGCCACGACAAUGUUGUACGUUGUCAGUCCGAUGGCAUCUGGGACUUUGGAGACUUGCGCUGCGAAGGUCCUGUUUGCGAAGAUCCUGGCCGGCCCAGCGAUGGACGUCAAAUAGCGCGCAGUUACGAGCAGGGCUCAGAAGUGUACUUCGGCUGCAAUCGUCCCGGUUAUAUACUAAUCAAUCCACGUCCAAUCACCUGUAUACGCGAACCUGAGUGUAGAGUCAUCAAGCCAUUGGGUGUGACUUCCGGCAAAAUACCUGACUCAGCAAUUAAUGCCACCUCCGAACGUCCGAACUACGAAGCAAGAAAUAUACGUUUGAAUUCCGCUACUGGUUGGUGUGGCAAGCAGGAAGCUUUCACCUACGUGAGCGUUGACUUGGGACAGAUACAUCGCGUCAAGGCGAUUUUGGUUAAGGGCGUGGUCACCAAUGACAUUGUUGGUCGUCCUACCGAAAUACGUUUCUUCUAUAAGCAGGCAGAAAGUGAGAACUACGUUGUUUAUUUCCCCAACUUCAACCUAACUAUGCGCGAUCCCGGUAACUAUGGUGAAUUGGCUAUGAUUACAUUACCCAAGUACGUGCAGGCACGUUUCGUAAUUCUGGGUAUCGUCAGUUAUAUGGAUAAUGCUUGUUUGAAAUUUGAGCUCAUGGGUUGCGAAGAGCCAAAGAAAGAGCCCUUGCUAGGCUACGACUAUGGCUAUUCACCGUGUGUGGACAAUGAACCACCUAUCUUCCAGAACUGCCCACAACAACCGAUUAUUGUGCGUCGCGAUGAAAACGGUGCGGUGCUGCCGGUGAACUUCACCGAACCCUCAGCUGUAGACAACUCUGGCUCCAUAGCACGUCUCGAAGUCAAACCGCAAAACUUUAAAACACCCUCGUAUGUAUUCAAAGACACCGUGGUGAAAUAUGUCGCUUUCGAUUAUGACGGCAAUGUCGCGAUUUGUGAGAUCAACAUUACAGUACCAGAUGUCACACCACCACUGCUGCAGUGCCCUCAAAGUUAUGUUAUCGAAUUGGUUGAUCGUCAGGAGAGCUAUAAUGUGAACUUCAACGACACACGUAAACGCAUUAAGAGCUCAGAUGACUCUGGUGAGGUGCGUCUCACCUAUACACCGGAGCACGCUGUAAUAACCAUCGGCAACUAUGAGAACGUCACCGUGACAGCCACCGAUAAGUUCAAUAAUCGCGCCUACUGUUACUUCCAAGUUUCGGUGCAGGCAUCUCCGUGCGUGGACUGGGAGUUACAACCGCCAGCGAAUGGCGCCAUCAAUUGUUUACCUGGAGAUCGUGGUAUUGAGUGCAUAGCAACUUGUAAGCCCGGUUUCCGUUUUACUGAUGGUGAGCCCUUGAAGUCGUUCUCUUGCGAGACAUCGCGCUUAUGGAAGCCCACCUCAGUCGUGCCCGAUUGCGUAUCGGAGAACACCGAGCAGGCCGACUACCAGGUUACUGCUACUGUUACUUAUCGUGCAAAUGGCGCUGUUGCACAGUCAUGUCUCGGCCAAUAUCAAGAUAUGCUGUCGCAACACUACUCUGGCUUGAAUCGCUUGCUAUCGCAACGUUGCUCAGCUGUCAACGUCAACAUGAAUGUGUCCUUCGUUAAAUCGGUUCCGAGUUUAUUAGAGGAGAAUGUAGUUAAAAUGGAUUUCAUACUCUCUAUAUUGCCUGCGGUCAGACAACCACAGCUCUACGAACUUUGCGGCUCUACGCUAAAUCUUAUUUUCGAUUUGAGCGUGCCGUAUGCCAGCGCCGUCAUUGACUCACUCUUGAAUAUUUCCAAUAUUGGUAAUCAAUGCCCGCCACUGCGCGCGUUGAAGAGCAACAUAUCGCGUGGCUUCACUUGCAGCAUCGGUGAAGUGUUAAAUAUGGACACUAGCGAUGUGCCGCGUUGUCUGCAUUGCCCAGCUGGCACCUACGUAAUUACCGGUCAAAGCGUGUGCACAAACUGCCCCCGUGGCUACUAUCAGAACCGUGAUCGUCAAGGCACAUGCCUGCGUUGUCCCGCCGGCACUUACACGAAAGAAGAGGGUUCUAAGGCGCUGAGUGAUUGUAUACCCGUCUGCGGCUAUGGUACAUAUUCGCCAACUGGACUGGUGCCCUGUUUGGAGUGUCCACGUAACUCGUAUACAGCGGAACCACCCACUGGUGGCUUCAAAGAUUGCACAGCUUGUGCGCAAAACUCCUACACCUUCCAACCGGCGGCUUCGACAAAGGAUUUGUGUCGUCAAAAAUGUGCUCCUGGUUUCUACUCAUACACCGGCUUGUCGCCUUGUUCGCCCUGUCCUCUAAACUAUUAUCAAAGUGCAGUUGGCGCGCAAACUUGCAAUGAAUGUCCGACCAACAUGCGCACCGAUGGUCCGGGCGCCAAGGGACGUGAGGAGUGUAAGCCUGUGGUGUGUGGUGAGAGCGCUUGUUUGCAUGGCGGUCUGUGUGUGCCGAUGGGCCAUGGCGUGCAGUGCUUCUGCCCGGCUGGUUUCUCUGGUAGACGUUGCGAGAUUGACAUCGAUGAGUGCGCUUCACAGCCCUGCUAUAAUGGUGGUUCCUGUACGGAUUUGCCACAAGGCUAUCGCUGCGAAUGCCCGGCUGGUUACUCCGGCAUCAAUUGCCAAGAGGAAGUGAGUGAUUGCGGCAACGACACAUGUCCAGCGCGCGCCAUGUGCAAGAAUGAACCAGGUUAUAAGAACUUUACCUGCUUGUGUCGCAGCGGCUACACUGGCGCCGAUUGUGAUGUAACCAUUGAUCCCUGCACCGCGAAUGGUAACCCUUGCACGAACGGCGCUAGCUGUUUGGCAUUACAACAGGGCCGUUAUAAAUGUGAUUGCUUACCUGGUUGGGAAGGCAUACAUUGCGAACAAAACAUCAACGACUGCGCGGAGAAUCCUUGUUUGUUGGGUGCGAACUGCACUGAUCUCGUGAACGACUUCCAAUGUUCUUGUCCGCCGGGCUUUACAGGUAAACGUUGCGAGGAGAAGAUUGAUUUGUGCUUGUCAGAGCCUUGUAAGCACGGCACCUGCGCAGAUCGUUUGUUUGAACACGAGUGCGUCUGUCAUCCGGGCUGGAGCGGCGAUGGUUGCGAUAUAAACAUUGAUGAUUGCGCCGCUAGUCCAUGCGCCAACGAUGGCGUUUGCGUGGACUUAGUGAAUGGGUAUAGUUGUUCAUGUGAACCCGGUUACACAGGCAAGAAUUGCCAACAUACGAUCGACGAUUGCGAAUCAAAUCCUUGCCAGAAUGGCGCAACAUGCGUGGAUCAGUUAGAUGGCUUCACAUGCAAGUGCCGCCCUGGUUUUGUCGGGCUGAGCUGCGAGGCUGAAAUCGACGAGUGUUUGAGUGAUCCUUGCAAUCCUGUGGGCACCGAACGUUGCCUGGACUUGGAUAAUAAAUUCGAAUGUGUGUGUCGCGAAGGUUUCACUGGCUCAUUCUGUGAGACGGACAUUGAUGACUGCGAGACCAAUCCUUGCUUGAAUGGCGGUCAAUGUCGCGAUCGUGUUGGCAGCUUUGAAUGUACUUGCGCAGAUGGUUGGCGCGGUGAGCGCUGCGAGCGUCAAAUCACAUCGUGUGGUGGACAGUCACCUUGUCAGAAUGACGCUAAUUGCAUCGACUUAUUCCAGGAUUACUUCUGUGUGUGUCCAAGCGGCACUGAUGGCAAGAAUUGUGAGACCGCACCAGAGCGUUGCAUCGGUAAUCCUUGCAUGCAUGGUGGCAUGUGCCAAGAUUAUGGUUCCGGCUUGAAUUGCACAUGUCCAGCUGAUUUCUCUGGCAUUGGUUGUCAAUACGAAUUCGAUGCGUGCGAUGCGAAUGUAUGCCAGAAUGAGGCUACCUGCAUUGACCAUGGCAACGGCUACACCUGCGCCUGUCCACCUGGUUACACGGGCAAAAACUGUGAGGAAGAUAUUAUCGAUUGUAAGGACAACUCGUGCCCGCCUGGUGCAACUUGCAUAGAUUUGACGAAUGGCUUCUACUGCCAAUGUGCCUUCAAUAUGACCGGCGACGACUGCCGCAAGACCAUACAAGUGGACUACGAUUUGUACUUUAGCGAUCCUCUGCGUUCCACUGCCGCUCAGGUGGUACCGUUCUACACUGGCGAGUCCAACAGUUUGACCAUCGCUAUGUGGGUGCAAUUCGCGCAAAAAGACGAUACUGGCAUCUUUUUCACGUUGUACGGCGUACAAUCAGCACAUAUUGCGAACAACCGCCGUCUGCUGCUGCAAGCGCACUCAAGUGGCGUGCAAGUAUCUAUUUUCGAAGAUCUACCCGACGCUUUCCUCUCCUUCGGCGAAUACACAUCUGUCAACGAUGGACAAUGGCAUCAUGUCGCCAUAUUGUGGGAUGGCGUCAGUGGACAGCUGCAGCUGAUUACCGAGGGACUCAUUGCCAGCAAAAUGGAAUACGGUGGCGGACGUGCUAUGCCGCAAUACGCAUGGGCUGUACUGGGACGUCCACAACCAGAUGACACUAAACAUUCGGCUUCUUACGCCGAUUCCGGUUUCCAGGGUACAAUUACCAAAACGCAAGUUUGGGGACGUGCAUUGGAUAUCACCUCGGAAAUACAGAAACAAGUGCGCGAUUGUCGGUCCGAGCCGGUCUUGUAUCAUGGAUUGAUUCUAAAUUGGGCCGGUUAUGAGGUGACUUCGGGUGGCGUCGAACGUACGGUACCUUCAAUGUGUGGCCAACGUAAAUGCCCGAACGGCUAUCAGGGACCAAACUGCCAGCAAUUGGUUGUGGACAAGGAAGCACCAGUUGUGGAACAUUGUCCGGGUGAUUUGUGGGUAAUUGCCAAGAAUGGUUCGGCUGUGGUUACUUGGGAUGAACCACAUUUCAGCGACAAUAUUGGCGUAACAAAAAUUGUGGAGCGCAAUGGCCAUCGCCCGGGUACUACGCUACUAUGGGGCUCUUAUGACAUAACAUAUUUGGCUUCCGAUGCAGCAGGCAAUACGGCUACUUGCAGCUUUAAGAUAUCGCUGCUGUCUGAAUUCUGUCCACCGUUGGCGGAUCCAGUGGGCGGUGUACAAGUCUGCAAAGACUGGGGCGCUGGCGGACAAUUCAAGGUUUGCGAGAUUUCUUGUAAUCCUGGACUACGUUUCUCGGAGGAGGUACCCGACUUUUACACAUGUGGCGCGGAAGGUUUCUGGCGUCCAACGCGCGAACCAUUCAUGCCACUCGUCUACCCGUCAUGCUCACCUGCUAAGCCGGCGCAACGUGUCUUCCGCAUCAAGAUGCUCUUCCCUUCGGAUGUGCUCUGCAACAAGGCCGGUCAAGGUGUAUUGCGUCAAAAGGUGACAAACUCUGUCAACGCGCUAAAUCGCGACUGGAACUUCUGCUCCUACUCGGUAGAGGGCACCCGCGAAUGCAAGGACAUCAAAAUCGACGUGAAAUGCGACCACUACCGCGCUGCUCAAGGCCAACGCGUGAGUCGUCAGGUGAAAGAUGGUGGCGUCUACGUAAUGGAAGCAGAGAUUCCAGUGCUCAACGAUCCGGUCAUUCACUCGACCACAGGCGAACGCUCGACAGUCAAGAAUCUGUUAGAGAAACUCAUCCUGGAAGAUGAUCAAUUUGCGGUGCAAGACAUUCUACCCAACACUGUACCCGAUCCGGCCUCACUUGAGCUGGGCUCGGAAUAUGCCUGCCCUGUCGGUCAGGUCGUUAUGAUACCCGACUGCGUGCCAUGCGCCAUCGGCACUUACUACGAUACGGCCAACAAGACUUGCGUUGCCUGCGAACGCGGCACUUAUCAAUCGGAAGCUGGUCAACUGCAGUGCAGCAAGUGUCCAGUAAUCGCUGGCCGACCGGGUGUCACUGCUGGUCCUGGUGCACGCUCUGCAGCCGAUUGUAAGGAACGUUGUCCUGCUGGCAAAUACUUUGACUCGGACACAGGAUUGUGUCGCUCGUGCGGUCAUGGCUUCUAUCAGCCCAACGAGGGAGCUUUCAGCUGUGAACUUUGCGGUCUCGGUCAGACAACACGCUCCAGUGAGGCUACCUCGCGCAAGGAAUGUCGUGAUGAGUGCAACUCCGGUCAACAACUUGGCGUCGACGGUCGUUGUGAACCUUGUCCACGUGGCACUUAUCGUACACAAGGCGUACAACCUUCAUGCGUUGGCUGUCCAUUGGGACGUACUACGCCGAAGGUGGGCGCCAACUCAGUCGAAGAGUGCACGCUGCCCGUGUGCUCACCCGGCACCUACCUCAAUGGCACACUCAAUAUGUGCGUGGAAUGUCGCAAGGGCUACUACCAAUCAGAGUCGCAACAAACAUCGUGCAUACAAUGUCCGCCUAACCACAGCACCAAGAUUACUGGCGCCACUGCGAAAUCGGAGUGUACCAACCCCUGUGAGCAUAUUGCUGAAGGUCGUCCACAUUGUGAUCCGAAUGCCUAUUGUAUAUUGGUACCCCAAACGUCGGACUUCAAGUGUGAGUGCAAGCCUGGCUUCAAUGGCACCGGCAUGGAGUGCACAGAUAUGUGUGAGGGUUAUUGCGAGAAUUCGGGCACUUGCGUGAAGGACCUCAAGGGCACACCCUCAUGUCGCUGUAUCGGCUCAUUUACCGGCCCCCAUUGCGCUGAGCGCUCAGAGUUUGCGUACAUUGCUGGCGGUAUUGCCGGUGCUGUGAUCUUUAUUAUUGUGAUUGUGCUGCUGAUUUGGAUGAUAUGUGUGCGUUCGACGAAGCGUCGCGAUCCGAAAAAGAUGCUGACGCCUGCCAUCGAUCAGACUGGCUCGCAGGUGAACUUCUACUAUGGCGCACAUACGCCGUAUGCGGAGUCCAUUGCGCCGUCGCAUCACAGCACUUAUGCGCACUACUACGAUGACGAGGAAGAUGGCUGGGAGAUGCCGAACUUCUACAAUGAGGCAUACAUCAAGGAUGGCGGUGGUCUGCAUGGCGGCAAAAUGAGUACAUUGGCGAGGUCGAACGCCUCGCUCUAUGGCACUAAAGAAGACUUAUACGAUCGACUGAAACGACACGCGUACACUGGCAAAAAAGAAAAGAGCGACAGUGACAGUGAAGUUCAAUAAGCGCUGCACGCACACACGCACACCCGUACAUACUAGAAGAAGCCCAACAAAGGGAAGCAAUAAAAUUGUGGUCAUAAAACUAACGAAUCAGCGUCACUUGGCACAUUUAACGGCGUUGAUACUUUGUAUUUAAAUACGAAUAGUUUUUAGCUUAGUCGUUCAAAUUUAGGAGUGAAUCAAGGAAAUGGAGUGACAUUGAAAUGAGAAGCGAAAAGAGAAGUUGUGAAAUCACUGCCUUCAAUAUUGAAAAUUAUGGAUGUUUUGAAAUACUCACUACACACACACAGACAUCACAACAUUUGCAUUACAAAACAAAACGAAAACAAAAACAAUGAAAAAGCUUUAUAUUGAAUUGUUGUAAUUGAAAUUGGUUAAAUUUUGUUUUUCAAAUUUUAUAUUUGCACACUUCGAAGUGUUUGUGUAUUUUUAUAAUUACAAUUUUUACUUGAAGCACCUAAAAGUGUGCUAAACACACACACACUUACUUAAUUUGCACAUUCGUUGUACUAUAACUGAUGGAGUCGUAUAUUUGUUCUUACUUAAGCUUUAUAACUGCAGAUUACAAUGUUUAAUGUGAAGCUUUUAAAGCUGUUAAAAUUAGAUAACACAAAUAAAAGGAGGUAAUAAAAAAAAAAAGAAAUAAAAGAUAAAAACUAUUACGAAACUUUAGUGGCGUGAACAGCAAUAAAUUAAUUAAAUGUAAUUAGUUGAUAAGUUAAUAAAUUUUCAUUUAGUUUAUACUUAGCGAAAAAUACAUGUAUAAACACAUAAACAUAAACAAAAACAAAAACAGCGGCGCCAAUUCAUUUCGUUUAUUUGUAUAAUUAAUCAUAAAACAAAAUAGCUAAGUAUUAUUUACUUAUUAUGCGCCCUGAACGAACUGUGAGAGUGCUUAACGAAUGAACAACAACAAACAAGCACACACAAGGAGAUGGCAGUAGCUGCUAACGCAAAACAUCCAACGAAAUGUGAGCGGCAGGUGGGAUGGAGAAAUUAUUACCCCUUCCUGUUCGCUUACUUAGAUGAACUUAGGUUUUUAUUAUUUCUUUUGUUUUUUUUUCUUUGUUUUUGUUCUUUGUAUUAAAUUUUAUGAUUUAUCAUUUAUAAUUUAAAAAUUUAUGAAAAUAGUAAACAAUGAAAAUUUUUCAGCUGGUAUAAAUAUUUUAUUUUUAAUUUAAAUUUAUGCAAUUGCAAUGCAAAAAACCAUAGUCGUCGUUAUAUGAUAAUUUAAAAAUGUAAUAAUAAAUAAUGUAAUUAUUACUAUUAUUAAAAACAUUGUAUUUUGUACUAUAUAAAAUAAAUAUAAAAAAUAUAUGUAA